AUGCAUUCUUCUUCAAAUAGUAUUCCACUUCAACGUGUGAAACGUAAUUGUACAUUGACUGGUACUAGUGAACAGAUAUCAUUCAAAUGUCAUCGUAGUUGUGAUGGUACAAGUACAGUAGAACCAAAAGACUGUAACAACAAAGUUUUAACACAAACUAAAUUGGGAGUGAGCAAGCUAUUCGGAACAGACAGAUUAUUGGAUGAAGCGCACGGCAGUUAUUGGAUUGGUUUAAUAACCAUCGGAACACCAGCUCAAUCAUUUUAUGUUGAUUUUGAUACUGGUUCAAGUGAUUUAUGGGUACCAGGAGCAACAUGUGGGAUUUCAUGCGGCGGAACACAUACGUUUAGUUCAUCAGCAUCGAGCACUUAUACACUAUGGAAUAAAAAUUUUACUAUAUAUUAUGGUGAUGGUUCCCAUGCUACAGGAAAAUGGGCUAAUGACACAAUUACUGUAGGUGGAUCGAUUUCUGGCAUUUCAGUAUCACAUCAACCGUUUGCAGUUGCCACAUCGGCCUACGGUAUGUCCAGUCGUGUGAGUGACGGUUUAAUAGGUAUGGCAUAUCGAAACAUUGCACAGGGUGGUGAAUAUCCCGUUAUAUGGUCAAUGUAUCUAGCUGGUCAACUAACACAACCAAUAUUUGGUUUUUGGUUUAAUCCAGUGACCACAGGUUCAAGUGGUGGUGAAUUGAUCUUAGGUGGCUACGAUAACACAAAAUUUACCGGCAAUUUUACAUAUGCACCAGUUAGUUCACAAGAUAGUGGUACAACAUUAAUUGCUGUACCAUCCAAUUACGCAAAUCAAAUUAACACACAACUGGGUGGAACAUACGAUUAUAUUAGCGGUUUGUAUACGUUAAACUGUCAAACACAGCUAUUAUCAUCAUUUCCAAAUCUUACAUUUACAAUCAGCGGCCGUCAAUUUGUCUUGACACCAUUGAUGUACAUGAUUAUUACUGGUUCUGGUAGUUCGAAUGAUCCAUAUAUAUGCUAUAGUGUGAUACAACCGACGUAUGGUAUUGUUGAUCUACAAAAUAGAACAAUAUGGAUUAUUGGUGAUUAUUUCAUGCGACGUUUCUAUAACGUAUUUGAUAUGCAAAAUAAUCGAAUUGGACUGGCAACAUCAACAUCCUAUUCACAGCUGCAAACAGUACCAAGUACAUUGUUUACACCCAAAAGUUCAACUACAAAGUUAGACCACAUGUGGAUGAUAUACUCAUGUCUAUCGUUGACAGUGCUAGUUAUAAGUAAUCCAUUCUUGGCAUGUUCCUCUUACAGUUAA